AUGUUGGUGAAGAUUCCCAACGAACUCGUUUUGUAUAAUUGCAAACAUGCAGAGGGAAAUGUGUCGCAUAUAAUGCAAUGUGGACUAUGUAUUAGCAAAGCUAGACGGCAGAAAGUUGGAGAGAAGCCGCUUCUCUCAAUUUCCACGUUUGUGCAGGCUGCUCGCAGCAAUGUGCUUCUUGCAGUUCCAGCGUUUCUGUAUGCUAUCAAUAAUUAUCUGAAGUUUACAAUGCAGCUGUACUUUGAUCCUGCCACCGUUAAGAUGCUGAGCAAUCUGAAGGUUUUGGUAAUUGCUGUUCUGUUAAAAGUAAUAAUGAGGCGUAGGUUUUCCAUCAUUCAGUGGGAAGCUCUUGCUCUGUUGCUUAUUGGAAUUAGCAUAAAUCAGAUGCGUUCCCUACCUGAGGGUACUACCGCUUUGGGUGUUCCUGUUGCAACGGCUGCAUACAUGUCCACAUUGAUUUUUGUGACUGUUCCAUCUUUGGCCUCAGUCUUCAACGAAUAUGCUCUGAAAAGCCAAUAUGACACAAGCAUUUACCUUCAGAACUUAUUUUUAUAUGGAUAUGGUGCUAUAUUCAACUUUCUGGGGAUUCUUGGAAUUGCCAUUUUCAAAGGUCCCAGUAGCCUUGAUAUUUUGCAAGGACAUUCGAAAGCUACCAUGCUUUUAAUAUGUAACAAUGCAGCGCAAGGAAUUUUAUCCUCCUUUUUCUUCAAAUAUGCUGAUACGAUUUUGAAGAAAUAUUCGUCAACUGUUGCCACAAUCUUUACCGGCAUUGCCUCCGCUGCAUUAUUUGGUCAUACUUUGACCAUCAACUUUAUUUUGGGAAUUACUGUUGUUUUCAUUUCAAUGCACCAGUUCUUCUCAUCUCUUUCAAAAGUCAAGGAUGAACAACAAAAUGGAGUGCUGGAGCGAUUGGACAUUCAGAAUAACAGCUCAAGGGAUUCAUCCUUCAUAAAUAUGGCAGCUGGAGCAAAUGAAGAGGCUUCUCAUCGUGUAGGACAUGAUGAAAGACAACCACUUCUUCCCACCUGA